AUGGGUUCCGUCUCAGCAGCUAACGUCCCUCGAAUUGACAUUUCACCUCUCUUUGGUGAAAACAAGCAAAAGAAACUCGAAGUAGCCAGGGAAAUCGACGCUGCUUCUCGAGACACGGGAUUCUUUUAUGCCGUCAACCACGGUGUAGACCUGAAGUGGUUGUCCGAAGAAACCAAGAAGUUCCACAUGUCCCUGACCCACGAGGAGAAGUGGAAGCUAGCCAUCCGAGCUUACAACAAAGAACAUGAAGCCAAGAUCCGAAGCGGCUACUCCCUGUCGAUUCCCGGCAAAAAGGCAGUCGAAUCUCUCUGCUAUCUCAACCCCUCCUUCCAACCCGAUCAUCCCCGCAUCAAAAAACCAACUCCUCUUCACGAGGUGAAUGACUGGCCGGAGGAGGACAAGCAUCCCGGUUUCCGCAACUUUGCAGAGAGUUAUUUUUGGGAGGCAUUCAGGGUUUCCAGUGCCCUGCUGCGUGGCUAUGCUCUUGCCUUGGAUAAAGACGAGGACUUCUUUACACGUCAUUUUCGCAAGGGAGAUACCUUGUCAUCCGUGGUUUUGAUCCGCUACCCGUUUUUGGAUCCGUACCCGGAGCCGGCCAUCAAAACUGCUGAGGAUGGCACCAAGCUAAGCUUUGAGUGGCAUGAGGAUGUGUCCCUCAUCACGGUGUUGUAUCAGUCCGACGUGCAGAAUCUGCAAGUCAAGACCCCGCAGGGGUGGUUGGAUAUUGAGGCUGAUGACUCUGGUUACCUUGUCAAUUGUGGUAACUACAUGUCACAUAUUACUGACAACUACUAUCCCGCUCCGAUCCAUCGUGUCAAGUGGGUGAAUGAAGAGCGACAGUCACUGCCGUUUUUCGUCAACUUGGGCUUUGACGAUGCAGUAGUCCCGUGGGACGCGGCGGGAACUGGGAAAGAGCCAGCUGGAGAGACGAUCUCAUACGGAAACUAUUUGCAGAAUGGUUUGCUUGGGUUGAUCAAGAAGAACGGGCAAACGUAG